AUGGGACUGCAUAAGAAGGCCGUGAAAUGGAUAGACGCCUUGGGACUGUCCUGUGAUCCGUGCUUCUAUUCCUUCGGCGAUUCCGCGCCGCUUAAGGAACUGUUUGCCAAAUUAUUGAGUGUGGAAGUGUUGAGAACUACAGAUGAUUUGGAUUUGAAUGAUCCGAUUCCGUUUGAGAAAGUGAGUUCUUAAGGGAAAGUUUGUUUUGAGAAAUUUAGACAUGCUUUGAGGACGUUUAUGGCUAGCGGAGGUUGCUAAUCAGCGAAAGCCUUUAUAUACACAUAUGUAAAGUACAAAAUAAAUCAAAUACUUUUAUCCACUUCAAGCCUUAGAUUUCAAAAUCAACCAUCUAUUUUUAGCUCCUAGACAUCGCUCAAAGCAAACUCGGAGUCCACACUUGUUUAGUCGGUGCCGAUCUUGCUAAAAAUGACGCCACGAUCAAACUCGGUCUUUUUGGGACAGUAAUCUUUCUGAAGUCGGCACUGAAAGACUUCCGACCUGAGCUGAUCUCUCAACUUCCAACUCCGGACUUUGGAAUUGCCGGGGGCGCUUAUUCUAACGAAGCAAUUUGUUUGAAAUGCAAGAAAGAAGUUCUUUUCACGGAGAGAAUUGUGGUCGGCGAACGGGUCUGGCAUCGGCGCUGCAUGCAUUGCCAUUUGUGCGGGAAACGAUUGUUUUUGGGAACGUUCCGGGUUUUGGGCGAGAAAUUGGAAUGCUUUGAGCAUUACUUGAACAAGGAACUGGUUGGAAAUGAAUUGGUAUGUUGUCUAUACAGCCGUUGUUAUGUUGAGUUAACCAACUCGGAGCCAACGCCGAGAUGGUGAAGGAACGCGGCACAAAUUUAGCGUUGAAUGAUGAGCUCUCCAAGCACGAUAAGGUUUACCAUCGUUUCAGCAAUCCUUCGAAAAUGUCAAUGUGGCCAAACCACCUCCUCCACGGCCUCCUCCACCCCGUCGUUCCAUCGCCUCCACUCCAUCUCCUCUUCCUGACGGCUCUGAUAAGUCUUCAGUCCCAAGAAAAACCCCCGAGCCGGCUCGUCGCGUUUCACUGCAGAUUCCCAACAAAUCCCCCGCUGUUAACAAACGAUUAUCCGUUAAUCAAGGCUCGGAUCUAUCAGCUGAUUCCAACUGGGAAGUUGUCGAAUAUCCACAAGAACUCAAUCCAUUCGCAGAUGAGGACGAAAUGGUUAGUAUCUUUCUACUUUAUAAGUGCUUUGUGUUUAGAGCGACUGUCUAAAUCCGUUUGGAUACACAUCAAGCGAUGAGGACAGUGAUGACGAACAUCCAACUCCCAUGCCGAGAAAAUCAAUUCAAUCAGCGAUUGAGGAGGCAAUCAAUGAUGACGGAGAUGUUUCCAAGAAAAAUUCGAGGGAAGAGUAAGACUUUUUAAUGUGUGUCCGGUAGAUUCCAUAGCAGUCGUAUAGAUUUGUAAGCAAAAUUCAAGUAUCUUUAUGCCAUUGACUGCUCGAUUUUCAGAUCCCAAGAGGUUCCAGAGCCGGUUCCAGAACCACCCAAGUCCGCUGAACCAGAAGAUCCGAAGCCGACGGAGACCAAAGUCUACCCAGAUCUCCGAAAACUAUCCGUGGACAAUCACACGUCGGCCAACUUUUACUUGCCAGCUAGUCUGGUCUUGGCCAAAAAACGAAUGAUAACGUUGAGUGAGCUUGACCGACCUCAACUUCUGCAUGAACUGGAAAAAGUAAUCAAAACUCUGGAUUAUAUUGAAAGACAUACGACAACAAUGGAAAGGAACUUGCUCAAAGAAAUUGGGAAAGGUAAGAAUGCAGUCGAUGUGUAUGUUACAGUUAUUGUAUUUGCUAGUUAUCAAUCAAAAUUGUUUUUCAGAAGGCUUCAGAUGGGAUAAAUGUAAUCUAGUCGACGAUUGGGGCCGAGCGAUGCAGCAACGCCAUGAUAAUCUCAUCAAAGGCAGCAUGAUCGUUCAUGAGUAAGUUGAUUACAUAAACUGUUUGUUUCCAAGUCUAGAUUAAUUUAUGAAUAACCAGCAAAUCAAUGAAACCCAAGCUCAGUAAUAAAUCCUUUCAUAAUUUUUUAUUCUUGCAGUUACCUAAAAAAGCUGAUGGAAGCCGCCUUGAAAAAAAUCACGACGCUCAAUGAAAAGAAGAUCGAAAAGGAGGGCCUCAAGAAGGAGCUCGAGAGCAUGCUGGUCGUGCUUGAGAAGAACCGCAUCUCCAUACCAAACAGUAAGUUUCUAACUUCAAUUACGUCAUCAAACCUAUGCCCCAAUAGCCAAGGCAACUUCUGUACAAACCCCGCCUUUUUUAGACGCCUUAGGUAGUAUAGUUAGCCUCACUUUCAAAGGGGAUCCAAGAAUUCAUUCGUCAAAGAAGAGUUUUGUAUACGGAGAUUUAUUUUGGCCUAAGAUUGAUCUUCGAGACGUUGUUCGUUGAAGACAGCUUUCGUUGAACGGAAGUUUGUUGCACAGAGUUCCACCAUGUUUUCUCACGAAAUUUUGCUUUCAGUUCUCGAUGAAAACGCAAAGAAGGAGAACAUGACUCCGAAGCCGGCCAAGGAGGAGAAACGAAAGUCCAAAGGCCUGGUCAAACGUAUCAAGAAGGUAUUCUAA